AUGUUUGAUAGUAACAUUCUUUUUAAUUUCUACAAUGAGAUUGCUAAUAGAAGUGCACUACAGUUGGCAAGUGCUGGAAUGAUGGGCGAGGGCUUGCUGACUCUGACGUACGGCAAGCACCACGCCUGCAUCCUGAACGAGGUGGGAGCAGCGUGGCGUGGAGCCCGCUACUCAGACCUAGUUCUGGUUUGCGACGACGCUGUACCGCUGGCCGCGCACAGGAUCGUCAUGGCCGCCGCUAGCCCACUUAUCAGGAAAAUACUAGAUGAUACGCCAUCUGUCGAGAGUCCGGUCACGAUUCACAUGUCGGGGAUCAGCAGUACUCUCAUGAGGCAUCUCCUUGUAUUCUUGUACAGCGGCCAAGCCUACAUUGAGUCUGGUGAAAUAGAUGAUAUGCAAGAGCUUUUCGAGUUAUUGGAAAUAAAAUCAGACGUUUGGAAAUCAACAAAGGAACGACAACAGGCUGAAGAACGGAACCGAUCGUGCGACAGAUUAAAAUCAAAAUCAUUGAAAACAGAUAUCAACAGCAAUGAGAGCAGUAAACACGAUGCACCCUCAGGAUCUUCACAUUCUGAGAGUGAGCUCGUUACCCCUGGCGCGGGUUACAGCAAAGACAAAGAUGAAAGCAUGAGCAUAAAGAAAGAAAAUAUGUCGACCAGUAGCAACGAUGAAAGAGAGGAAGAAGAACAAGACGGAGAAAACAGGGACAAGGAAUGCGGACGACUUAUGGCAAGACGAAGAAGCUCUUCAAACCCGGUCAACUUAUCACUUGCAAGGAAUUCAGAAAACACAGGCAGUGAACAUGACGACUCACAAGACGUUGAUGUAGAAACGGUUGCGGCAAAGAACAUUGCAAGAAGAAGGUCAACAUCGUCAAGUCAAGAUGAUCAACCACAAGAGACCCACUACCGGAGACAGUUGCUCAGUGAUCGAUUAGGACGAGGAAUCGAAAGAGCCAAAAGGAAAUCACAUUACUUAGAACCCCCAGAGUUAGAUUUACGAACUGUCAAGUUAGAGGAUUACGCACAUCUUAAGCCACCCGACCAGGACCUUAUAUCAUUGGUGCAGACUUCUCCAGAAAACUAUGUCGUCACGCCUCAUCGAAAACGAAGACCCGGCUUCCACAAUUCACCGUCACAGAAUCCUCCAUUUGUAUCAUUCCCCCCGAGUUACUUAGAAGAAAUGGCACACCUCCGAUACACACAGGGACCUGGCAGUGCCGCCGCAGUAGCCAGUGCUCGGCUCGGAGUAUUACAUCCACUGAGCACGUCAGCGCCGCCGUACUUACCUGAAAGGAGUGCCACUCCCCCCACAGCAACGCACGAGGACGCUCUCAAAUACCGACCUCCUAGUGCGGGUUCGUGGGGUCCGUGGCUAUGUCAACCACAAAUGGGUGGAGAUGACACACCCACGCCUGAACACGAUCAAGGUUCGAGUAAACAAGCACCAGUUCGAGAGUAUCGCUGUGAAUAUUGUGGCAAGCAGUUCGGUAUGUCGUGGAAUCUCAAGACUCACUUACGAGUGCACACUGGAGAGAAACCGUUCGCUUGUCGACUGUGCGUCGCUAUGUUCAAACAGAAGGCCCAUUUGCUGAAACAUUUGUGUUCGGUUCAUCGCAAUGUGAUAUCGUCCAGCGAGAAUGAUGGACGGACCAACACGCCGGGACGGUUCAAUUGCUGUUUCUGUCAGCUCACCUUCGAAGCGUUACCAGAACUCAUCCGGCACUUAUCAGGACCACACAACAGUUUGCUUCUCAGUAAGAACCUACACGAAUGA